AUGGAGUACGAUCCGAAAGUUCCCCUCUCAAACACAAGCGAUCCAACCUCGUUCGCCUGGACUUCUGCGCGAGAGAGAUGGCCGGUCAUAUUGACGGGAGCCAUUGAUGACCUCCACAAAGCUGUUUCGAAGGAGCAAGACCCAGAGAGACAGGAAGAAGGCAAGAAGAUCACCGCCGGACUUGCAACGCUGAAAUAUGAGCUGCAGCAUAAUCGGCAACUCACCCCACUCCAGGAUGAUGGUGGCUCUGAUAUUGCGGCCUACAACAAGGAACUCGAACAGCGUGGCAACCCCAAAUGGCAUGACGUAGCGUGGUUGUAUGCCGAGUGCUACUUGUACCGACGCAUGGCAACUCUCUUCGCCCUGUCGAAGCACUGGAAGCACUACGACGUAUUCUCCAAGCAGAAAAUGUCGACCUUCCGCUCGUCCCGGCCGGCUGUCCUCGAACUCGCGGCCCGCUACAACGACCUCACCAAGCAACUCCAAUCUGAUCAAUCGGCUCUCGGUUCUGCCUCGGAAGAAGAGCGCGAGACCGCCGAGAAGCUUCUGUUCGUCGAGAUGUGCGAGAUCUGUCUUUGGGGAAACGCAACCGAUCUCUCGCUCCUCACGAAUCUCAGUUACGAUGACAUCCAGAAGCUCCAGGGCAAGGACGCUCGCAAAGCGAAUGAGGACAAGAUCAUUGUCAACAACUUCCCUGCAGCGUUUGCCUCGCUUAAGAAGUCGAAGAAUGCCGGAGCUAAGGAGAGGAGAGUCGACAUCGUCCUCGACAACGCUGGCUUCGAACUCUUCGUCGAUCUUAUCCUCGCCGGCUACCUCCUUCAAGCUGGUCUUGCUACCAACAUCGUCCUCCAUCCAAAGAACAUCCCCUGGUUUGUGUCAGACGUCAUCCCAAAAGACUUCAGCGAUCUGCUGAACGUGCUCGUUGGCGCCAAAGACUUCUACGAGACGCCAUCAGAGGAGGACAAGGCGAAAGGUGUAACGCCGCCAAAGCUGUCAGACAAAGAGACCAGCGACUUGCAAGCACUAUUCCAGAAUUGGAGCAGCCUCUACGCCGAAGGCAAGAUCGUCCUCCGUCCCAAUGUAUUCUGGACGGAAGGUGGCAGUUACUGGCGCCUUCCACAAACCGCUCCGUCCUUGUACGAGGACUUGAAAGAGAGCGAACUCGUCAUCUUCAAGGGAGACUUGAACUACCGAAAAUUGACUGGAGAUGCGAUGUGGGAUCCAGCAACGCCUUUCACGGAAGCCAUCGGACCGAUGGGGCCUGGAUCAGGCGUGCGAGUUCUGGCUCUGCGGACUUGCAAGGCUGAUGUUGUCGUCGGACUUGCAAAGGGUGAAGAUGAGAAGCUCAGGGCUCUGGAAGGAGGCGGUGGUGACAGCGGAGCGAGAAAAUGGGCUUGGAGCGGCAAGUGGGCAGUCGUGAGCUUCUGUGACGGCAAGGCGUAG